AUGAACGAUGGGGAGAACUACUGGAAUGCGUUUCGUUCGCACAAACGAUCCGCCAGCGAAGGUCCGACACUCUCACCAUGGAUGAUAACCGCGUUGCAAGGAACCAAGCUCCUUCUAUUCGCCAUUUGCAAUGUCAUACUAACCCUGGGAUCCGUGUUCUCGAAGCUCAUCGUGCUCAUCAUGGCAACUAACAUUCUACCGCGAACUCAUCUCAUCGGAAAAUUCUCGAGGAAGUGUUCGAGAGCUAUUGUUCGUCGAACGUCUACAACAACUGCCGGAAUCUAUCUAUCCCUCCUUCUCAUCCAAUGCUUUCCCGACACAAUAAAUCUCGUUCGAUCGGCUCUUGAGAUGUACAAAGGACAAUGUGGGCGGCUGAUUCGAUCUGUAGUCGUUCUCGAAGCCCUUCGUGCCGUUGGUCUCGCCGUUCUCAGCUUCCACGUAUUCCCUCAGUUGGAUCUCGGUCGAUGCCUGGUUCUCAGCGCUUGUUUCCCAUUGGUAGCUGUUUUACAGCGAUCGCUAGUCGCAAUGGUGUCUGCCGCUCGUGCUGGACGCUCUUUCAAGAAUCGACUCGGUCGCUGCUUCCUGGCUGUUCCCCACGUCAUCAUGUUUCUGAUUCUGAUGUCUAGUUGCUAUGUAUGGACACUAUUCGACGGAAAGUUCACUGCCACCAUCUCUCUCCCCAUCGGAAUCGUUUGCACUUCCAUCGGAUUCUGGGAGUCAUGGAUCGACACCACACACGCUGGCACCACGUACGAUGAGCUCUAUCGACUGAAAUAUGCUGUUCGCAAGAUGAAUAACACGACGAAUUUCGCGGUGUCGUUCAUGCGUAUUGCUUGUACUGUUUCUGUGAUGGUUGCCGCAGUGUUCAUGAACGGUCACACGAAACUCAACGCGUCGCAUUUUGUGAAGGCGUUCUUCAGUUUCAGCACGAAGCAAAAUUACACACUGCUUCUGCUCCUGGCAUGCGGCAUCAUCACUCUCCACUCCGUUAUGCGUGUCAUCUCCCGAUUCCUCGCCGCUUUGGACCUCCACCCCUUCUCAUUCGUCCAUCCACUAUCUAUUGCUCCCCUACUUGCCUAUGGAUACGUUCGCUACGCCUGCCAAUCUCCGACAUGUUGGAUUGCACGCCGUCUAGCGAAAUUCGGUCUCCGAUGGGUUUGCGAUCAAUGGUUCCAGAAUCAUCAAGGAUCCACGCAUCCGGACUACUACAUUUGUUUCAUUUGGUUGGCGGUUGGAUGCUAUAGAGGAUGGCGGCUGGUUCGGCAGAGGUAUUUCGAUACCACGGAGGAGAUAAUCUCAUCUAUGCCACCAGUGUGCAAUGGUCUCUGCAUUGAACAGUCUCUUGUGAUCUUCCAACAUUCGCUGAAUCGUCAAGAGAAAACAAUGGUGAUUGAAGACGAGGACGUCAUCGACGAGAACGAUGAGUUGAGAAUCCGAAACGACGAGGUUGAUAGGGUCUCGACAGUCUACGGAUGUGCUACCAUGUGGCACGAGACAGAAAUCGAGAUGCGUCAAGUGAUGAGAAGCAUUCUGAAGCUCGACGUUGAUCAUGCCACCCGGAUGAAUAAUAAAAAGGUCAACGAGCUUCGUUACCGUCUGGAAAUCCACAUUUUCUUCGACGACGCCUGGGAAGACAUCGUGGAGGAUGGAAUGGAGAAACGACAGCCAAAUGAGUACUUUAACAUGUUCUUUGAUCUUUUGAACGAUAUGACAGGCGAGAAAUUGAAUGAGGAGGGCAAAAUGGAGACGAGAAUUCUGGUCAACACCCCAUAUGGUGGACGCCUAGUGGUCAAGCUUCCAUCUGGAACUCUGCUGUUCGUACAUUUGAAGGAUAAGAAAAUGAUUCGACACAAGAAACGAUGGAGUCAAGUGAUGUAUAUGUACUAUCUUCUUGGUCAUCGAAUCAUGGACUGCCCCCUUUCAAUUGAAGAUCGACAACAAAUGGCUGACAACACCUUCAUCUUGGCUAUCGAUGGAGACUCCAAAUUCGAACCAGAUGCUCUUCUACGUCUUCUACACUUGAUGAAUGCCAAAAGUGACAUUGGUUGUGCUUGUGGACGGAUUCACCCGAUCGGCAACGGAAUUAUGGUUUGGUAUCAGAAGUUCGAGUACGCCAUUGCCCAUUGGUUCCAAAAAGCGGCAGAACACGUCUUCGGAUGUGUCCUUUGUGCUCCUGGAUGCUUCUCCCUCUUCCGUGCUUCCGCCCUAAUGGAUGAUAAUAUCAUGCACAAAUACACAAAAACCGCCUCCGAACCUCGUCACUACGUUCAAUACGAUCAGGGAGAGGACCGUUGGUUGUCUACCCUACUCUUAAAACAAGGAUACCGUAUCGAGUACGCCGCCGCUUCUGAUGCCGAGACCUAUGCUCCUGAAGGAUUCGAAGAGUUCUUCAACCAGCGAAGACGUUGGACACCAUCCUCGAUAGCCAACACAGUCGACUUGCUAAUGGACUACAAGAGAGCUUCAGAGAAUAACGACGCCAUUUCGUACGCCUACAUAGCCUAUCAAUUCCUGGUGAUCUUCUUCUCAAUGCUCGGUCCUGCUAUCAUUUUCACUAUGUUGGUCUUUGCUCAAGUGGCUGCUUUUGGACUGAAUGGAAACGAUGUGAUGUGGUAUAAUAUCAUUCCAAUUGGACUUUUUAUUCUAUUAUGCUUCACUACUGAGUCCAAUAUUCAACUGAUUUACGCCAAGUACAUGUCCAUUGCAUAUGCAUUCGUUAUGUUAGCGGUACUCGUUGCUACUAGCAGUCAGAUUGUUCUAGAAACUGUCGUCGCUCCUACAUCCCUCUUCAUCGUCACCAUGGUCGGAAUCUUCUUCUUUGCCGCGUGUCUUCAUCCCAAAGAAUUCACGAAUAUCAUCCAUGGAAUCGUCUUCUUCCUCAUGAUUCCCUCCACCUACGUCUUCUUAACCCUCUAUUCUCUGAUCAACUUGAACGUCAUCACCUGGGGAACACGUGAAGCUGUCGCCAAGGCAACUGGACAGAAGACGAAGAAGGCGCCUAUGGAACAGGCAAUCGACGCUGUCGUUGCCCUUCUGAAGAAGGGAUUUAGAUUGAUUAGUUGUCGGGAGAAGAAGGAGCAUGAGGAGAAGAGGGUGAAGAAGAUGCAGAAGAUGGAAUUCGCUUUGAGGAAUAUCGAGAAUGGAGUCGACGUAAAGAAGAUUCUAGAUGAGGAUGAGCCGAAAGAGCAGCGCACUGAAGAGACACAGACAUCCACAGAUCUUCCAGUGGCGGAGGGAGAAAAGCAAAAGAAGGCGUUACAGAAGGCGAAUCGCUACGUCUGGAUGACAAGCCACAAUCUGAAAGUUUGCGAGCGUGGAAAGCUAAAAGCAGCGGAGAAGACCUUCUGGAAUGAGCUGAUUGAAACGUAUCUGAAACCAAUCAAAACCACGCCGGCUGAGAUGAAAGAGGUUGCUGAUGGGCUGGCUUCGCUUCGGAAUCAAAUUGCUUUUACUAUUCUGUUAGUUAAUGCUCUUCUGGCACUGGCUAUUAUUCUCAUUCAGCGACAUAAGAAUGUCUUGAGUAUUAAAUAUGUGCCACAUAAGGGAUUCAAGUGGACGAAAAUGAACGAAAUGACGGGACAAUUUGAGACGACUGACGAGCCACUGAAGAUAGAUCCGCUUGGAAUGGGAAUUGUCAUUUUCCUUCUAAUCAUUCUCUUCGUUCAAACCAUCGGAAUGCUUCUUCAUCGUCUGAAUACAAUGAUUGGCGCAUUCCAAGAGGUCAAGAAUCUCUACGAGUACGGAGUCACGACGGUGCUGAACACGAAGAACGACGACGAUCGGAUUAUGUCGAACGCUCGAAUGAUGAUCAAUGCGACCGGGGUGUCUUCAGGACACGCUGCCGACGGAUACACCCGACAUCGUGCCGACGAGUCGGACACUGGAAACGUCCUGUACAAACUUCAAAAGGCUCGACUCGCAAAGCGAAUGCAAAGGAGUGCGCUUUCCAAUACUAACUAA